GCGGCGGGGCUGCCUCUGUCAGGGAGCGGAGGCGCUGAGCAGGAGGCCUGAGGGGCCGCGGCGGGCCGGGCGGAACCGAGCCGAGCCGAGCCGAGCCGAGCCGAGCCGAGCCGAACCCAGGCCAGGCGAGCGUGACUCUCUGAACCUGUGAAAUGGCAGUGAUGGGAAUUACCUGCCCAGGAGCUCCUGAGCCAACUGCCAAGCACAAGGAGCUCACAGCUACAAAGGGGCUGAAUGAGACAGUGAGUGAAAAGCAGAGCAGUGUUUGCAAAGUAGAAGAUUCAAAGAAGGUCAUCUUUCACAGUCAGUGGAAAAUCCUGAAUGAUGUAAUCACCAAAGGAACAGCAAAAGAAGAAACAGAAGGAGGCUGUGCAUCAAUUUCUAUUAUUGCCCAAGCAGAAUGUGAAAACAGCCAGGAGUUCAGCCCCACUUUAUCAGAGAGAUCUUUUAUUGCUCACAGUAAGCGUUACAGCAGUCGGGCAGACAGCCUCGAUCAGAUCCCAAACAAUGUGGCCCAUGCCAGGGAGGGGAAGAUGGCAGGGACCCCCUGGAGAGGGAGGCGGCGUGGGAAGACCAAAAAGAAACGUCACAAGAAGAGAUCCAAGCUGAAAAUCCAAACAGUGGCUGCUGGCAAACGAGGCCCCAGGACUCCAGAACAAGAGAGCUGCACUCCAAUUCCUGUCCAGGAGGAUGAAUCCCACCAAAACACUCUUUACAGAAAUGAUUUUUGGGUUUCAGAACUUAACAAGAACUUGGUUUGUGAUCUGCUGCCUUUUGAGAAAGCUGAGAAAGUUCUGUCCUUGGGCAAAGUCCCUUCAGCACGGAGCCAGCACAAACCAGACCUGCACAAGCUGAUCAGCCCCAUUCAGUGCCUGAAUCAUGUCUGGAAACGGCACCACCAGAGAGAGAGUGUUCCACAGCCUGAAACUCCCCAUCCUUUUCCCUACAGCAUAUUACCCCCUCAUUUCCCACAUCUGGACAGUCCCCUCCAUGCCAUGAAACAUAAAGCCCUGGAGACAUACUGCCAUGGAGAUCUCAGCUGCCAAGACAGUGAGCAUCAUUUCUCUGGCCUGAACUUAAAAUACAGUUAUCCCAAAUGUGUCAACCAGUCCAUGAAAAGCAGUUCUGACAAGGUUUCUGUGGAAGAAUAUCUGGUAGAUGCCUUGAAGGGGAGUGUGAGUCUUGGUGAACCACAGAACUUAGCCAGCCUUGCCAAGACUUGGAGAGGAGGUGGUGUGGACCAGAAGGAACAUUUCCAGGAAGCAGCUGACAAUGAAGGCGUGCUCCUGAACGAGAAGCUAAAGCCAGUGGAUUAUGAGUACCGAGAAGAGGUUCAUUGGACCAAGUGCCACGGGUCUUUGGGCAUUGGCUCUUUUGGAGAAGUGUACAAAAUAGAGGACAAGCAGACAGGAUUCCAGUGUGCUGCCAAAAAGGUACAGGUUGAACACUUCCGUGCAGAGGAGCUGACGACGUGUGCUGCAGUCACAAGUCCUAAAGUUGUCCCCUUGUAUGGAGCUGUGAAGGAAGGACCUUGGGUCACCAUCUUCAUGAAGCUGAUGGAGGGUGGCUCACUAGGUCAGCUAAUUAAACAGAGUGGCUGCCUGCCAGAGGACAGAGCUCUCAGUUAUUUGGGGCAGGCAUUAGAGGGCUUGGAGUAUCUUCACUCUCAAAACAUUCUCCAUGGAGAUGUGAAAGCGGAAAACGUUCUCCUGUCUGAUGAUGGAAGCAGAGCUCUCCUCUGUGACUUUGGGCACUCUGCUCACCUUCACCCAGAUGGCCUGGGAAAGUGCUUGGUCACAGGGAACUACGUGCCUGGCACAGAGACCCACAUGGCUCCAGAGGUGGUGAUGGGGAAGCACUGUGACUCCAAGGUGGAUGUCUGGAGCAGCUGCUGCAUGAUGCUGCACAUGCUGAAUGGCUGCCACCCUUGGACCCAGUAUUACAACCACCCUCUCUGUCUGAAGAUAGCUAAAGAGCCACCUCCUCUGAGGGAAAUUCCACCUUCCUGCAACCCUCUCACUGUGGAGAUUAUUAAAAUGGGUCUGGAGAAAGAACCUGUUCAGAGAGCAUCUGCAGCUGAACUGAAAACCAAGACCAGUGUUGCACUUGAAGAAGUGGGAGGUGUGACAAGCCCCUGGAAAGGUGAAUACAGAGAGCCUAGACAUUUAUCCCUGAGCAAAGAAAACAAUCCACAGACAUCCCUGUCCCCCACAGUCAGCCCAGUUGCUGAGACUGGUUCUGACCCAAAAUUGUCAGUUAAAGUUUCUUGUGCAAGCCCAGCCCUGCCCCCAGCAUCUCUGGAGCAAAUAGAGCAGGAGGAGGAAACCCCUUGGAAUGUGUGCAAGGAGAUACCUGGGACCUGGGAUCCUCCACCUCUCUCCUCCUCUCCUCUCCCUCUGAAGAGCUGCAGCCCCGUGGAGAGAGCAGCGACCAUCCCAGAGCAAGAGCUUCAGCAGCUGGAGAUAGAACUGUUUCUGAACAGCCUUUCACAGCCUUACUCACUGGAAGAGCAGGAACAAAUGCUCUCAUGUCUCAGCAUCGACAGCCCCUUCGUGUCAGAUGCCAGUGAGAAGAACUCCAUGAAGGCUUCUCACAGCUUGAGGGACACCAUGAGCUCUGGGAUUCAUUCCUGGAACAGCCAGGGGGAUGGACAGAGCUUCAGCUGGAACAACCUGCUGAGCCGCAGUCGGCACACGGACACUCCCAGCUACUUCAAUGGAGUGAAAAUCCAGAUCCAGUUGCUAAGUGGAGAAAAUUUGCACAUCAGGGAUUUCCACAGGACAAAGGUGGGAGACAUUGCCACUGGGAUAAGCAGCCAGAUCCCAGUCCCUGCUUUCAGCCUGGUUACCAAGGAAGGGCAACCAGUCCACUAUGACAUGGAGGUGCCUGACUCAGGAAUUGAGCUGCAGUGCACCCUGGCCCCCGACUGCAGCGUCAGCUGGACCUGGAGAGUCAAUCAUGGGCAGCUGGAGAACAGGCCAUGAAGCUCUUCCUAUUUUGGAGGUUUUUACCUUGUUGAAAGAAGGAAUUGCAAAAGCUUCCAACCAGCCCUGCCAUGGAGCACCAAGGGGAGCUGCUGGUGUUUUGUGCUGCAGUAGGAUAGGGGUUCAGCAGCUCGCUGCUCCCAGGCCUCACUUCUGUUGUCUGUUCUGAUCCAGUUCCAAGACAUGUCCUGAGCUUAGAUGUUCCCCAGAACAGUGGGAAUUACUUGUUUUGGGUGUGAGUGUUAGGUUGAGCUUGAGGAUGGCGGGUGGAAAUUCCUGCUUUUCAGAGGAAUCCAGUUGUGCUUUGCAGGAUGAGCCUCCUCAUGGAGCAGCAGCUUUGGGCUCGCCCAGAGGAGGGGGUUUGGGAUCCUCAGUGCAGCUGUGGUGGUUUGUGCUGAGGGGAGCUGGCUGACUUCCUCCUAACUGGAGGGAAAAAUGAACAUUUCUCUUGGCUUUGGGUAGCAUCAUCUCUACCUCAAGCCUUUUGCAUGGGGAAAAUCAACAGCAGUAACGAGCUGGGUUCUUGGUUUCACCUCCCACCCUUCCCCGCAGACGCUUCCUUCUUGAAUCAGAAAAAAACUUUGUUCCCAGCAAGAGCUUUGCUUGCAGCUCUCAUCUUCAGGUCUCCUCCCCAGCUUCAGAGCUGGUGCUGUCUCUCUGGUGUGGCUGCCAGUGUGGGGCAGGAGGGGGGUGGGUAGUCCUUGGUGGGCAGGGGGAAGGUGCUGUGUUCCUCCUCCUGUUUCCAUCACCGCCUUGGGACUGCUCAGGGAUUGUCCCCUCCAAGCAGCUCCCUGCAGGGGGAAGGGAUGGCAGCUCAGCCAAGGUCUGAAUUUUGCUGCAGUGUCUCUAGAAGUCUGGCUCCUGGCUGUCAGUGCAGCCCCUCAGCCCUUCCACUGGUGAUCAGUGCCCCAGUUCUGUGCCUGGCACCAGCCUUCCUGCUGCUCCCCUUGUGUCACCAGGUGUGAAAGGAGUGGGAUGAGCUGCUGGGCCCAGAGUGCCUUAAGCUUUGACUUUUUAAUUUUAUUUUUUCACAGAUUUGUGGAUUGUUUGGCAUACACUGAAAGUGUGUGGGUCACACUGGGAUGGGGAGAUGUUGCUCACCCUUCUGUAACCCAAAAACCAGAAGGAGGUGUAAGCUAUGGGUGAGCUGCUUCAGGGCUGCUCCAAGGCCCUGCAUCACCAUACUCAUGGUGUGCUGUGGCUCUUCCACUGGAUCUCCAGUGGCCUCUGGGCAGGGGCCAUCUGCAUCCUGCAGGAACAGCUCCCAGAAAGCAAGGAGGGUCCUGCCAGAUGGAUCCGUGCUGGUUCUGGGGGACACAAUGGCACAGGAACCUUGGCAGUUUUCUUAAAUGAAAUUCACUUAGAAAAUAGCUGGGAAAAGUUAAACUGUAGGCCUCCCUUUUGGAGGACCAGUUGAUUCCCAUUGGUCUCCCAGAACAUGGGCUGGUGUUGACACCCUAGGCAGUGAGAUCCUGAAUCAGAAAACUGAAGUUCUGAUGCAAUAAAAAAAGUGGAAGUCCACGAAACAAUGAAACCUGUCACCACUAUGGGUAUAGGUUUGUAUAAAACCUAUAAAAAUUUCUUCUAGCACUUUUUGUUCUAAAGCACUUAAUACAUUGUCCAAAAUAGACACAGCUGAAAUGCCACACAGGAGUCUUCUUAGCAAACAGUUAACACAUUGCUCACAACUCUUCCAGGAAGAGUGGGGCCAAGGGGUAGGUUGGCUCAAUUUUUGUUAUUUUCAGAUGCCAUAAACUACUAAGAAUUGUGAGCUCUGGGGCAGGGGCAUCAAAAUGCCUUCCCAGGAGCUCCCAAGCACACGUUCAGCUCAGCAGGAACUCUCCCCAUGCCUGGCAUCCUUCCUGGGCUUCCUCUGAGGAGGGGGCGGGGGGGAGGAGAAAAACCUGUUGGUUGUUUCUAGGAAGAGUCUGGUGGUGCUGUGUCUGUGCCACGUCCCUGCUGGUGCUGGGUCAGUACCAGAACCUAUGCAGAGCUCCUGGUGCAGGCUCUGGGCAGGGGGCAGCAGCCUCUGUGCAGCCCUGCUGAGCUUUACCCUUCAGCUAUAGCAUUAAUGUGACCCUUGGGCCACCUGCAGCCAGCCCAGGAUGUCCCUGCUGGGGGGAUGGAGAUGGGCACCUUCUGUACCACCAGCAUUAGCCACUGUCUCUCUCCUCCUCGUUUGGUCCAACACCUUCAGCCCUAUUUUGCUGCCACCCCAAGUGAGGCU